AUGAAUUCCAACUUGCCUGGUCAAGUUCUCACCCGUCACAGCUCCCAUGAUGCCCGGGGGCACGACACCGGCAUGGCGAUUCAGUUCUACAAUGUUUUUGAGUACCCCAUUGUGCGCGACCAGCUGAUCGCCAAUACCGUGCUGGUGGCACUGAGCACAGCGUCAAUCGGGCUCCGGUUCAUGUCGCGCAAGAUCAGACAGAGCAAAUUUUGGUGGGACGACGCAUUCAUUGUGAUUUCUAUGCUGCAUACCUAUGGUAUGCUCGCCAUGCAGUACCACUAUGCACGGGUCGGCAUGCGACACCAUGUCACCGAGCUUCCUGCCGUGAAUACCAUCUUGAUCUUUAAGAUGCUUAUCGUGUACCAAAUCGUCUAUUACAACGCCAUGGUCACCGCCAAAUUCUCCUACUUAUUCUUCUAUCUUCGAAUUUUUGUGACGCCUGGAUUUCGCAUGGCUGCUAGAGUGUGCAUGGGCUGCGCGGGGGCCUACUGGCUCGGAAGUAUGCUUCAGGUCUUCCUCAUCUGUCAACCCUUUGCGAAAAACUGGAACGCUGCUUUGCCAGGUCAUUGCGCUAGCAUGAACGUCGCCUUUUCGACCAUUGGCGCCUUCAAUCUCGUGACAGACCUCCUAAUUAUGGCUCUACCGGUUCACCAUAUCUGGAAACUGCAGAUGUCGACCGGGACGAAAGUAGCUCUGUACGGUAUAUUUGGCGUAGGCUUGUUCAUCUCGGCUAUCACGAUCAUCCGUAUCCACGUCCUCACCACCGUUGACUUCACCGAUCUUUCGUACAGCAUGAUCUGGGCCGCCUUCUGGAGUGUCACAGAACCUGCACUAGCAAUUACCAAUGCCUGUGUGCCCAUGAUGCGUCCUGUAUUUAAGGCAGCAUUCCCAGGUAUAUUCUCAUCUGCGAAAAAUGCCUACUCGUCGCAAACUGGAGCUCAGUCCGGUGCUUCGGGUUCGGCGUUCAAACGGAUGCGGGAUACUGAGAGUGAGAUGCCUCUUACGCACCUGGUACCCACCAAGAGUGGAAGCCGUGGUGUGGAAUACGAGGCGUCACUGAAUGACCGUUCGCAAGAUGAGCAUGUGCCUAGGAGCGUGAUUGGGGAGUCGGAGCGGUAG